AUGUUCCGCAGAAUAAGGGCCCGCAACGACCCUGCCCCGAGCCCAGCGGCGUUUCCCGAUCUGUUCUGGCAAUGGUACGUUGAGUCGUACUCGAGACUACCGUCGUCUACAAACGACCCGGCAGACGUUUUACCGCACUACCCGAAGGUAUACUCGACGAAACUGUCGAGUGUAGCACUUGUGAAAAGCUUUUUUGUGGGUGAAUUGCCCCAACCGUCCACAAAUCAGGUGAUAGCGCUGCUCAAGUCGCCUUUUGCUUAUGGAGACCCAGUGAAGGCGUAUACUCUUAUACGGUUCUUUCAGCUUAGUGAAGAUGGAUAUUUCAUAACCAACGAUGGCUUCGAUCGUCUGGGUGCUAGAAUCGAGUUCUUAGGGGCCGAGAAUUGGGAAAACGUGAUGUGCUACAUGGAUGCUCUCUUGUUCUCCAUGUUUGCUAACUUGGAGAGUUUUGAGCCCAUUUUGUUUGUUCUGAAUCAGCAUUCAAAUCCUUUAGUGAAUCAGCUCUCUGGUUUGCUUCGUGUUUACGUGAACUUGAUGCGUUCCGGCAACCUCAUCACCACUGACAUUUCCAUGAGACUUUGCGAGUGCCUCAUGAAGCUAGGAUACAAUGAAGCCAUGAGCCACAAGCAGCAGGAUGUAGCACCGCUAUUUGAGUUCUUGACAGAGACGCUUCAGAUGCCACUCUUAACUUUCAAAGUGGAGAUUAAGCAUCUGGGCAAGCAUGAGGAAGAUGAUACAAAAUACUCGAAGGAGCGCAUCUUGUUUGUUUCUGUUCCCAAUUCUGACGACUCUUCCACACCGGUCAAGCCCGAAGAUAAGUUUGUAGAGCACAAUCUGGGCGACGACAAUGCCAUUCUACUCGAGGAGUGUCUUGAACACUAUUUCAACAACUCCAUCUCGGUCAAGCGAGAACUAGAAAGACGUGCUACUCUUGAUAGCUUGAGCAAACUAGCUGAAAAUAGAGAUAGAGACGACUCUGAAGUGUCGCAUGCUAGCGUUUCCUUCAAUGGGAGAGCUAGGCACAGCACCCAAGGCUCUUUAGGAAACCUGGUUCGAGUACGUACACGCUCGUCUACACUUUCUAUUUGGUCGAUUUCAAGCUUGGAGUCGAAGCCAAAGGAGGUGAUGCUUCCUGCUUGGAUGUUGUUGCGUCUUUUGCCGUUUUACACGGAUGAUAAUGAGCUCACCAACGAUAACGAAAGCGUUGCUCGAAAUUCAAAAGAGUUUGUCAAUAGGCGUCCUGUGCUCCCGAUCUGUCUCAAGAGAUACUCAUUUGACGCGGUAGAACAGCUGGCGAAUCGCUCAAACAAAAGAAUCAUCAUACCUCCAGUCAUUGAAUUGCCUUCGUUCGUAGCUGAUGACGUUGACGAUACAGACACAGGUGGGUUCAAAUUGAUCUUGGAAAGCGCAUUAUGCCACAGGGGAACUACCAUUGCCAGUGGACACUUUGUCUCGGCUGUUAGAAAAAACAUACAUGUGGUAGAUGAGACCCUAGAAGAGUCGCUCAAUGCAGAGUGGUUCUUGUACGAUGACAUGAAAAAGAAGAGGGUAGUCAAGAAGACCUUCUCAGAAAUUUUUGAUAAAGAAUGGCCAUACAUGCUCUUUUAUCGUCUUGCAUCUUCAUCCGACGGGUCCAGUUCGGUGCUGUCGCUUCGGUCCAGUAUGGGCAGCGAAACCGCUGGCCGGGUUGUGCCGCCACGAGGAUCAAAGCAAAAGUACUGGCAGGAGGACGCCUUGACCCCUAUUCUCUCCAGAAGUGAGACGAAGAGCGAUGUGGAGUCCAAAACGCCAACGACGGUGCUUCCAGCUCCGUCUUCCCUAGAGACCGCUGUCAAAUCAUCUUUUGGAAGUGACAUGUCCACUUCAAGCGUCCCCAUUCCUGACAUUCUACCGACAAGCGCCAAAUAUGUCGAUAUUCGUCAACGGUACUUGUGGUAUGUUACUGACGAGGAGAAGAAUUACUACAAGGAGUCAGCAUCUCCUUCAAAAACUGGCAGCAGAAACAUGAGUGUGAGUUUCACGCCGCAGUUUAGAAGAAAUAGUCAGUGGAGUGACAACUCAAACAUCAGUGGUCUUGUUUUGGCGGAGAGUACUGCUACUGAGAAAGUAGACAUGGAGAAAGUAUCGAAGAAGUUGGAGAAGUUGGACACGAGCGGUAAGACGCUGGGAGGAGAGGAGGAAGAAGAUUCCAAAAAUCAUAGGCAUCUUGGGCACCUUCACCAUCAACACGACAAAAAGAAAAAGGAGGCGAAGAAACGCAGAGCGGAAUAUAGAAAAGAGAAGUGUGUGAUAAGCUAG